CGCUGAAAUCAACACAUUCUCUUCUGCACGUGUUGGGAUUGUCUGAAUCGUCUGUCAGGCCAAGGCUAUCGUCUUCUUAGAAAGUAUCCGAGAUCCUUCUAUCUCAAAUAAAUUGAGGAUUAUAUUUUUUUGGAGCGGAAACGAUUCACACCUUUAACCCGCAAAGAUGAUGGACCCACUGAUGGACAGCUUGUUGGAGAAUCAAUGGAAGUUGGUGACUACAGCUACUCGAGGAGAUGGUUAUUCGGAAUACCAGGUUAUGCGACAACACAAAGCUGAGGGAAAGAAUGGCUGGAGAUAUCUUAUACAACAAGAAGAUGCUGAUCCCAAGGGUGUUUUUCUGAUGGGUUGCAAAGAAGGGAGGGAUCCUCUUAAAGAUAUUGGAACAUGUGAACUGAAACUCAAUGAAGAUGGUACACAGGUGUUAGGAGUAGACCUGGAUGGCGACGUCGCUAUUAAACUAUGAGUUGUCCUUUUUUCAUAUAUCAUCAAGAUCUGACAUUGUUGGCUACGAAAGAAAGGACACGAUCUCUUCUCUCUCUCUCUCUCUCAAGACUUGUUUGUUUUCAAAAAGAAGUGUUAUUCCGCUUGUUGAUUUAGAAUAACAUUUUUUAUUUGUCCAUUUUUAUCAUCGUGUUGUGGAUAUUUCAUUUUUAAUUCAUAUUUAUUAUUGAUAUCACCUCUCCCUCCCCAACCCCAAACCCUUAGAUCGCUUAAGAUUUGUGUACCCUUUUUACAAUAUCCGAAGCUGUUCCUCGUACUCGUAGGCUAAUAUUAUAGACUGCUUAAUUUAUCUUGCCGAGUGAAUGGUAUCCCUUUAAGUUUGUAUAUCUUUAUAUAUAAAAGUAAUUAUCGCAUGAUAGUAAAAUUUGCCACGAUUUAGAAAUUACUUUUUAAUUUGUAUAUAUAGAGAAUCUCCUACCAGUCUUUUUUGAUAUCAAAAAAUAUCAACACAAGUUGAUAAAGUAACAAAAAACGGGGCUCUGCCGAGGUUUUCUUUUUACUUUAUUAACGAGUGUUGAUAUUUUUUGAUAUCAAAAAAGACGAGGAGAUUUUAUUUAUCACCCAAUCCCUUCUUACAUGCACAAAUAGAUAAAUAUAAUUCUUUGCUGUAGAUUUCACUUUUACUGAACAUUACGGCGUAGUGAUACAUCAUUUUUUGACAGCAAUUCAACCAUUGCAAAGUCCUUUAUAUUGGCCCAGUGUUUCCAUCAGGUCAAUUGAAUAACAAUAGUUCAUUUUUUUAAAAAAAAAAUUACUUUUAAUAAGAAAUGAACUGUUCUUUGAAAAUAAAAAAAGUAGUUUCUUUUCAAUUGACCAAUUAAAUUCAUGUAAAGCGAUAUAUCCUAAGGAGAUAUCGCAGUAGAUUAUGAAAUAUAUCACACAAGCGAUAUCUACUGUAGAAUGUAUUAUUGGGUGAUUAACAUGUAUACACAAUAACUAAACCGGCCGAAUCGAGAUUCGGAUUAUUACAGUUUAUCGGAAAUCGGAAAGCUGAAUUGUGAAACAUAACUGGAUUGAUAUACUGGAAUGUUAAUUCCCGCCCCCUGUCCCGUACUUACUAUUCAUGCCCCUUUUCUAUACUCUUUAUACCUUUUUAUCACAAUUAUACUCAAUAUAUGUAGAGACCUAGAUUUAACACGAGAUGUAGGUUUCCUACCAUUCACACCCAAUAGAUGUGUGUUAUAAUAAAUCUUUUAAAAUAAAA